CAGCCCCUCACUGGAGAGCAGGAUAAGUUUGGAGCUCCGUCCACAGCAGGGAGGAAUUGGGGAGUUUUGUGUCAAACCCGUCAUCUAGUAGUAGUCCACAGGGAGUCUUAGCCAUGCCUUUCGGAAACACUCACAACCAGCUGAAGAUGAAGUACUCGUCUGAAGCAGAGUAUCCAGACCUGACCAAGCACAACAACCACAUGGCCAAAGUGCUCACCCCUGCCAUGUACGAGCGUCUACGCAGCAAGCAGACACCCAGUGGCUUUACAGUGGAUGAUGUGAUUCAGACUGGAGUCGAUAACCCAGGUCACCCCUUCAUUAUGACUGUGGGCUGUGUGGCGGGAGAUGAGGAGACCUAUGAGGUGUUUAGGGAGCUCCUGGACCCUGUCAUUCAGGACAGACAUGGUGGAUACAAACCCACUGAUAAACACAAAACUGACUUGAACCCAGACAACCUCAAGGGUGGUGAUGACCUGGAUCCUAACUACGUGCUGAGUUCUCGUGUGCGAACAGGCAGGAGUAUUCGCGGCUUUUGCCUUCCCCCACACUGCAGUCGUGGAGAGAGGAGAGCCAUUGAAAAACUUUCAGUGGAAGCUUUAGGUGCCCUGAGUGGAGAUCUAAAGGGGAAAUACUAUGCUCUGAAAAAUAUGAGUGACGCAGAACAACAGCAGCUGAUUGAUGACCACUUCCUGUUUGAUAAGCCUGUGUCUCCCCUGCUGUUGGCCUCUGGAAUGGCCCGUGAUUGGCCUGAUGCCAGGGGAAUAUGGCACAAUGACAACAAGACAUUCCUUGUGUGGGUGAAUGAGGAGGAUCACUUGCGUGUCAUCUCCAUGCAGAAAGGUGGCAACAUGAAGGAAGUGUUUACUCGUUUCUGCACAGGCCUCACUAAGAUUGAGGAGCUAUUCAAGAAAAAAGGACAUGCAUUCAUGUGGAAUGAGCACCUGGGCUACAUCCUCACCUGCCCAUCUAACCUGGGUACAGGGCUGCGUGGAGGCGUGCAUGUCAAACUUCCCAAUCUGAGCAAGCACAACAAAUUUGAGGAGGUGCUCAAGAGAUUACGUCUGCAGAAGCGUGGAACAGGUGGUGUGGACACUGCUGCAGUGGGUGGUGUGUUUGAUAUCUCAAAUGCUGACCGGCUGGGCUUCUCUGAGGUGGAGCUUGUUCAGAUGGUGGUAGAUGGAGUCAAGCUGCUGGUGGAGAUGGAGAAAAAGCUGGAGAAAGGCCAGGCUAUUGAUGAUCUUAUACCUGCUCAGAAGUAAAUCCAACACCUGUCCUACGUCCUACCCGUCACUUUGUUCUCAAUCCAUGUUCCACUCCUAUGAGAUUAAUAAAAGAAUGUAUAUUGUAUUUAAGACACCUUUAAUGUGUUUCAAAAGAAUUAAAAGUUCUACCAGUUUA